CAGCACAUCGAAGACUCGGACGACCACAGAGAGCGAUCACGACAUGAAGGUCCUGGUCACCGGCGCUUCGGGUCUUUUGGGCCGUGCCACCCUAGCGCAGGUCAAGAAGGACGGUCAUGAAGCCAAGGGAACGGCACUCAGCCGCGCAUCAGGCGACCUCGUCAAGGUGGACCUGACCAACUUCGGCGCAGUCGACGAGCUCCUCGACUCGUUCAAGCCCGACGCCAUCAUCCACACGGCUGCCGAACGCCGCCCAGACGUGGUGGAAGGGAACCCAGAGGCAUCCUACGCUUUGAACGUUGACGUGCCUGCGCACAUUGCCGAGCACUGCAAGGGCGCAGCUGGGGCCAAGGUGCCGCUGCUCAUCAACAUCAGUACCGACUACGUCUUUGAUGGCACCAGGCCGCCGUACAAGGUCGACGACGAGCCCAAUCCCCUCAAUGCCUAUGGCGUAAGCAAGUGGCAGGGCGAAAAGGGCGUCCUUUCACACGCACAGGCUGGCCGAGCUACGAACCUUCGCGUGCCCGUCCUGUACGGCCGCACUGAAACAAACGCAGAGUCGGCAGUGAAUGUGCUCCUCGACGCCAUCGCGCCAAAGGCAGCCAGCAAGUCAAAGAAGAUGGACGCCAAUGCGGUGCGAUAUCCCACUUGCGUCGAAGACGUUGCCAAGGCCCUGUCUGCCCUAUGCCAGAAGUAUGCUGGCGGGGAGGUAGAUAUACCCCCAACGCUGCACUUUUCCGCACUGGAGGCCAUGACGAAGUACGACAUGUGCCUCGUCAUGGCUCGCUGCCUCCGUUCCGUUGGCGAGGAGGCGCCCACCGAACACCUCGAGCCCGAAUACGAAGUGGACCCAAGCGCAGCCACUUCGAGGCCAAGGCAUUGCAAGCUUGAUGUAUCUGUCUUGCAGGAUAGUGGCAUCAGCACCGAGUGCGUCAGCUUUGAAAGCUGGUGGAAACAGUAUCUCGAAGAGUACGCUGCAAAUGCUCGAGAACAGAGAGCCAAAGAGGCCGCCGAGGCCGAAGCGAGAAGAAAAGCAGAAGAGGAAGCCGAGAGAAAGAGAUUAGCCGCAGAAGAGGAGCGGAGGAAGGAAGAAGAGGAGCGGAGAAAAAAGGAAGAGGAGGAGGAAGCAAGGCGUGCCGAGGAACGUCGACGAAAGCAAGAAGAGGAACAAAAGGCGUUGGAGGAGAAGCGGCGAAGGGAUGAGGAAGAGGCGCGCAAGGCGCAAGAGGAGAAGCAGCAAGGCAUCCAGGAAGAGGAAGAGCGAAGAAGGCGGCAAGCAGAAGAGGCGCGAGAUGAAGCAAAAGCGACAGAGGAAGACGAGGAGAGGAGAGAGACUCGUGAGGAAGAACGCGACGGAGGCGAAGAGGCUGGCAUCGCAACUACUUCGUCGACGGCCCCUGCCUCACUGCGCAGUCCCACAUCGCCCAAUCCCAGCUUCUCGUCGCUGCAGGCUCGACCGACGCCUCCUGCCACGUCGGGAAGGAGCAGCCCAACCCCAUCCGUCCUCUCUGGGCAGCCUUUCACUCUACCGGUGUCUUCAGCAGAAGGAGACGCCGCAAAGACGGCCGACGCCGAGCAGCUGGGGACAUCUGCUGGGACUAUCACUGUGGAAGCAGAAGGAAGUGGCCCAAAAGCAGGCGACGACCCUCUGGUACCGCCUCCAUUGAGCCUCGAUGCAACAAUAAAGCAACGACGCGGCCCUGUGCAGCCCCAGAAGGAAGAACCAGGCUUCUUCCCAGCGGCUCUGACCAAAAGCGGCGAUGCUUCACUGCUCCUCGAUGCCGAUGCGCCCCGAAGCAGAGAGGGGGCUGCAGAAGAUGGCGGUAACAGCGGAGACGCCGACUCGGAUGGUUAUGGUCAGCCAAGCCCUCGAGGCGAGGGGUCUUCCAAGCCAUUUGGAUCCUUUGCGGGUGCUCGCGAGGACGAUGCCGACGCCGAGAGAGACCAGGAAGAGGCUCCAGGGCCACCAGGAGCGGAGACAGAGUCCAACGCAAUGCAAAAGAGCCUCUCCGUACAAUCUGGGAUAGGGUCAAUAGGGUCCAGCCAGAAGGCAAGACCUUCAUUUCAAAUCAAGGUUGGCGAUCCUCAAAAGGUCGGAGAUCCCGUCACUGCCCACAUCGUCUACACGGUCCGGACAAAGACGGACCACCCGAGAUUCAAAGGGCCGCAAUUUUCUGCCCUUCGACGCUACAAUGACUUUCGCUGGCUGCAUGCGGCUCUGGUGCACAACAAUCCUGGCGUUUUCGUGCCUCCAGUCCCCGAAAAGGUCAAAAUCGGACGCUUUGCUCCCGACUUGGUGGAAGCGAGGAGGCACGGCCUCGAGAAUUGCAUCAACAAGAUUGCCAACAACGCCCGGCUGGUGAAUGACGAGGACCUUCACCUCUUUCUGGAGUCAGACAACUUUGCCGCCGACGUCCGAGCCCGAGACCAAAUUAAGGGACCCGUGCCGACGCCAGAACAAAAGACAUAUUUUGGCUGGUCGUCGUCAAUCACAAACAGCCACAAGUUUCACGAGUUCGACGGCUGGUUCGACGACCAGAAGGUGUACUUGGACCACCUCGAGUCGCACCUCAAGAACCUGGUCCGUGUCAUCAGCGCGCUGGCACAGCAGCGAAAGGAUCUGGCUGGCGCAACCUCAGACCUGAGCCACAGCUUGAUGAUGCUCUCGGGCAGCUCCCUCUCCAGAAGCCUGUCCACCUGCUUUGCUGGCCUGGGCGAGGUGCAGAGGAGGACCUUUGAGUUAGCAGAUGUCCAGGCCGACGCAGACGUGCGUGACUUCGGAAGCGUCAUCUACGAGUACGAGAGGGUGGUGGGCAGCGCUCGAAAAGCAUUCGCGACCCGCGUCGACGCAUGGCAGGCGUGGCAGCGGGCCGACGAAGAGUCUCGAAAGGUACGGGCAAAACACGAGAAGCUCAAGCGCGAUGGCAACAAGGUCCACCCAUCGCGGCUGCAGGCCAGCCUCGAGGAGAUUGCCAUCGCCGACAGCCGCUCACUGACGGCCAAGCGCGAAUUUGACCUCAUCUCUAUUCGGUGCAAGGAAGAGAUGGAUACAUUUGAGCGUGAUAAGAUCGAAGGCCUGUCCUUGGCCAUGGAGAUAUGGGUCCAAGGCAUGAUUGAGAGGCAGCAGGAGCUCAUGGCCGAGUGGGAGCAGUAUGCGGCGCUAUUAGAGCGGCAGACUGGACAAAAGAUAUCUGCGCCCUGAAGCGCCUCUCAAUUACAUAUUGGUAUUCUUGAUC